AUGGGUAUAGGCAUUCAUAAAUAAGUCAUAUGCAGAGACAUUUCUCAUAUAUUAAAAUUAGAUGAAAUUGAAUAUUUGUUAGUUUAAUGCACAAAAAAUAAUGUAGAACUAUAUAUUUCAAAUAUCUACUCUGCCAACUCUAAAUCUUUCAGAAACUAAUAAAAAAAAUUACAAAUCUUCAUUGUUCAACUUAAAAUCAAGAAACUAAAUGUUCUUAUAAUGAUUGUUAGAGAUGCUAAUAAUAGUGCAGUUAAGCUCAAGGGUAUGAUAGAUUUAAUCCCAGAGUAUUAAAUUACAUAAUAAAGAUUUGUCAAGAACAAACUUCGAUAAUCGAAAACAGACAUUUUUCAAAUCAAUUAAGAACUUUUGCAUUCAAUUAGCUUUCAGCAAAAUAAUCUAUCUGAUCAUAAAUUAAUAAUUUGUUAAUUAAAUUUGAAAAAAAACUUAAAAAGUAAAAAGUAAUAUAAUUUCAUAAUAAACAAGGAGUAAAUUUAUCUAUUAAAUUUGAAUUGUUCUCACAGUGAGAACUUCAGAGAAUUUAUUUAGAAAAUUCAGGAGAAUCAAAAGACAUUCUAAAUCUAUAGAAGGAAAAGGUUAGGUCUAGAAUCCAUAAUACAUAGAACUUCUUAAGAUUUUUUGAACAUAUUCUAAUUAAUUAAUAGCAAUAUCAGAACUAAGUAAAAUAAGAUAACCCAUAAACAAAUUAAAAAACUAGUUAUAGUUAAUCCAAAUAAAAGGGAUGGUGAAAUCAUGAAUUAUUAUAUUGAUAAUUUAGAUAACUUAAUCGCAGACUAACAGGCAGUAAAAAAUAAUGUAUUAUAUACAUUAGGAGAUAAUUAAGGACUAAUUAAUUUCCAACCUCUACUACUCCCAAAAUAAGAACCUAUUACGUUUUAACAUUUUUUAUAUAUGA